UUGAUCCAAAGUGACUCAUUUCAGUAUCACCUGUUAGUGUGACCGUGACCACACUGUUGUCUUGGACUUCCGCUCUCCAUGUGAGGUUGCCUGAUCAGUUUCCCCAGCUUAAAACAGACGUCGCGAGGACACAACGCGAUUGGCUGCGUGCACAGAGUAUAUGCGUGCGCCGCCCGGCAGCUCUGCUCUCUUCAGCACCGCUGAUUGUGAUUGACAGAAUUACAACAGACUCUCUCAGAGUUGAUCAUCUAACAGGUGUCAUCUUUCCACUGAGUCUGGUGCCAUGUCCAACCCGAAGAGCCCUGACGAUGCCGGUACCGGUGCUCCCUGCAAGCCCUCCUCGUCGGUCGAGAGCACGGAGUCUGAUGCAGACCCCGGACUCCUGUUCCCGGUGACGAGGUCCUCCGUGCUGGCUCGACGUCUCCUGCGUUUGCGCACCUGCAGCGGCCACGCGAGUCCCGUUACGCGCCGCAAGAGGGAGAUGGUCCCCGCCGACAGGAAGGAUUCCACCUACUGGGAUAAGCGGCGCAAGAACAACGAGGCGGCGAAGCGGUCCAGGGAGAAGAGGAGGCUGAACGACCUGAUGCUGGAGGGCCAGCUGCUGGCUCUGACCGAGGAGAACGCACAGCUGCGAGCUCACGUGCUCAGCAUGCAGUAUCACACCAGCCUGAGUGCAGAAAAGAGCAAAGUUGCCUCUCCCUGGGCAACAUCCACUCCAUCUGUUGUAGCCUCUACCUUGUCCUUGUCACCCAGACCUGCUCACACCCCUCCUCUCUUCCAUGCAGGACAUUGGGGGGCCAACAGGAGCCCCCCAGCCUCUAUCCUGGGUGUGAGGCAUCAAGAAACAGCCAGUCACUCCUUUGACGCAAAGAUCCCUUGUUCUAGCUCAUUUAAAGGUUUUAACCCGAGGGGGUCUCACGACUGUGGCACACAUCAAGGCAUCUUCCCUCUCCCCGGGCCCGUAGUCGUCUCCCCCCGCGCAGCUUUGGAGAGUGGGGGGUUAGCAGAGGCAGAGAUGGACGCCCAGCGUCAAGUCUCCUCCAGCGACGACGUCCCCAACUCCACCGACGACGAGUCCCCCCACCGCGCCUCUUCUAUCCGGGCAUUUCUGCCCGCACCCGACACACCCCACCAUGCCCCCACCCUGUCCUACACACCGCAGAAUUGGCUCGUGCCCCAUCUGAGUCACUCGGCGGUGUGUAAUAAUUUCCUGCUGCCCUGGCGGUCCUCCUACUUGCCCCCGCCGGCAGUCUACCCGGGCCUGCCUCUGUACAUCCAGGAGAGACAGGGCCCGGGUCUCGGAGUGGAGGCGGACAUUCAGAGGGGGUUCAAGAGCCGGUUCAGCAGUGCUCCAGCAGGGCUGUCUCAACUCGGGAUGCACCUCAGUCCUGAUGGACGCUAACAGGACAGUU